UGUUGUGAAUUUCGUCAAUUAAGCGUGGUUGUGAAAAAUUGCAUUUUUAUCAGAUUUGUUCGUUGGGUCCUUUUAGUCAUAGCUUCAGAGCCUAAACAAAUUUGUUCUUUAUAUUCCAUAUUUUUGCAUAAAAAUGCCGAAAGAACAGUUCCGCGAAGCUGACGUUAUCAAGAAAAUUUCCCAUGUGCAGUUUUGCAUCAGCAGUCCUGAGGAAAUCCAACAGGAAUCACAUUUACGCAUCGUUUCAAAAAAUCUGUAUCAGGGUCAACGUCAACCAGUUCCUUAUGGGGUGCUGGACAAACGCAUGGGCGUGAGCACCAAAGACGCCACCUGCGACACAUGUGGCCAAGGUCUGAAUGAAUGUAUUGGACAUUUCGGUUAUUUAGAUCUCGCGUUGCCGGUAUUCCACAUUGGUCAUUUUCGAGCAACGAUUUCAAUUUUGCAAAUGAUUUGUAAAAGUUGCUCGCAUGUAAUGCUUCGGGAGCCGGAUAAGCGCGCAUACGAAAAGAAGCUUCUAAAUCCGAACUUGUCAUAUUUAGCAAAAAAGGCCUUGCAUGGACAAAUUUUAACUAAGGCCAAGAAACAAGCAAAAUGUCCCGAUUGCGAAGCGCCAAAUGGUGGCGUAAAGAAAGGUCCAGGCUUACUAAAGAUCUGACAUGAUCCCUGUAAGGGUAAAAAGCC